AUGUUCGUGCAAGUUGAGUGCUGUCUGCUUGAUGCCUAUUCUUUGGUGACACCCAGCGCUGGAAACUUUAGGCGGCGCUCGAGUUCGUGCCGCGGAAUCACCUCCGGAUGUGUUGGAAACCGCGGGGCAAGUGUGGUGCAAAAGCCCGGUCUGGCGUUGAUGCUACCUUACUCUGUGCUCCCGAGAUGCGUCUGUGUUCAGGUCCGAGUUGAAUUUUGGCUCCCGGAGAUUUCCAGACGUUCGUUCGGAGACCGAAACCGGGGCGGAAUGAUGCCCCGCCACCGCCCCUCUUUUCAGCGUGAUGUCACGGCGGGUACAGCCCGCAAUGUCGGCGACAACUCUUGCGACUCUCAAACUCCGAGUGAAUUCUGGAUUCCUUCUCACUUUGUUCUCUCCAAAGUCGAAUCUUACGAUAUCGAAAGUGAGACCAAAGCAAUCACAAUGGCGUCCAACAAGUACACUCUGGCCACGCGCCUCACACUCGCAAAUGGCAAGUCCAUCCCCCAGAUCCAGUUGGGUCUCUACUGCAUGUCAGGCCGCGAAGCCACAAAGUCCAUCCCAUGGGCCCUGACCGCCGGCUACCGCGGCUUCGACUGCGCGCAAAUGUACGACAACGAAGCGGAAUCAGGUAAAGCGAUUGCCGAUUUCCUUGCCAGCCCUCAAAACACGCAGGGUCUGAAGCGCGACGACGUGUUUUACACGAGCAAGCUGGCGAGCAGCAGUACCUCGUACGACGCCGUUCGCAAGUCGAUCAAGGAGUCUGUUCAGGUUGCUGGGCUGGGGUACAUUGAUUUGUUUUUGCUGCAUAGUCCGUAUGGUGGCAAGGAGGCUCGCUUGACGAGUUGGAAGGCGAUUGAGGAUGCGAUUGAUGCUGGGGAGGUGAAGAUGGGUGGUGUCAGCAACUACGGUGCUGCUCAUAUUGAAGAGUUGAUGGCAUCGAAGCCUCGCAUCGCACCCGUCAUCAACCAGAUCGAGGUCCACCCCUUCAACACGCAGACUCGCAUCAGAGAGACCUGCGCCAAGCACAACAUUGCCAUUGAGGCCUACGCGCCGCUGGCCCGCGGCAUGCGCAUGAAGCACCCCAAGAUCCUGGAGCUGGCCAAGAAGUACGGCUGCACUCCUGCGCAGCUGUUUGUUCGCUGGUCUCUGGACCGUGGGAUGAUUACUCUUCCUAAGAGUGUGCGCCAGGAGCGUCUCAUUGAGAAUGCGAACGUGGCUGAGUAUGAAAUCUCUCAGGAGGAUCUGGCUGCAUUGGACGCGCUCGAUGAGCACUUGAACUACCUAGAAAUCUGGUCGAAUUUCCUCACCUUGCCUGCUUUCCCCGCGCCAACCCCUACUCUCGCUACCGUCAACAUGCGACUGCUAAACACCACGACGCUCAAGGUCAAGGAGUUUGUGAGCCAAAGACCCAAGUACGCCAUUCUUUCCCAUACAUGGGGCUCGGAAGAGAUCAUUCUCCAGGAUACGGAAGCAGGAGACUGGGCUGCUUCUAGUAUCAAAGCUGGAUGGAAUAAGAUCAAGGGCGCUUGUACGCUCGCUCUGGGUGAUGGCUUUGACUGGAUCUGGAUCGACACAUGCUGUAUCGACAAGUCUUCGAGCUCUGAGCUAUCCGAGGCCAUCAACUCCAUGUUCCGUUGGUACAGAGAAGCUGAGAUCUGCUACGCCUACCUUGAAGAUGUGCCUCCAUUGAGAUACGCCCCGCUUAUUGGCUUUCUGAAUCUCGCUCCUGACCUGGACUCGAAGUAUGUUACCUCCAUCAAAAAGGAUCAGAAUGCUUUCCUCAGGAGCCGAUGGUUUACACGAGGGUGGACUCUUCAAGAGCUUAUUGCACCGCAAAGAGUCGACUUUCAUGUUUCAGACUGGUCCUUUCUUGGGACGAGGAGUGAUCUUUCGGGUAUCAUCCACGAACACACCAUGAUCGACAAAGAGGCUCUCGAGUCAGAAGGCGUAGAAAAGCUGUCAAAGUUCACUGUGUGGAGUAGAAUGCAGUGGGCUGCCAGCCGAGAAACAACUCGCGUCGAAGACAUGGCUUAUUGCCUGUUAGGCAUAUUUGACGUCAACAUGCCGCUUCUAUAUGGCGAAGGAGACCGUGCGUUCCGCCGCCUCCAAGAAGAGAUUCUCAGAACCAUUGAAGGCUAUAGCUUAAUGGCCUGGACGUCAUACGAUACGUCGCCCCAGCCGCUCAGAAUAUACUCAUCGGCCCUUGCGUCGCAUCCGGGAGACUUCGGCACUAUGAGAAUAGAUACGAGCCAUGUUUCGGAAGCUGCGAUUAAAAGAGAUUUUGACAGUGGCAUGCAAAGGAUCAGUGUGCGAGGAUCAACGUGUUCAAGUUUGAUCAAGCCAGAUAAAGAGUUAAUGCUCAGGUGCAUUAAGCCUUAUCUGAAUGGCGUCACUACCGACGUUCAUCAACCGCAUCUGAGGCCUGAUUUCUCUCCGCCUGCGUUAUCGCCGCGGGGUAUCUCAAUUACCAUGUUCACGAACAGGGAAUUGAACCCACAUCCAAACACUUGGCUUGCGUGGACUGAUUUGAACAUUCAUUUACCGAACGGCAUAUAUUGUCUCUGUAUCAUGCUUUCAGACGAAGAUAAGUAUACAAAUUGCGCGGCUAAGGCGUAUCGGCGCGAUACAGAUCGACUCUAUGCGGUCCCCUUUGCGAUGCUAGAGAUGUUUCAAUUGACAACGUUCUAUCUCCGGGCAACUCCAGCGUACUACGUCGAAUCUCUAGCAGAGUCCUGGAAUCUAAAGCCCGAGAAAUCCCGGCUGCGAUUUGACAGGCGGAAUGAGGCUGUGUCUGCGACCGUUCUUACUGCGUACCCCCCUCUGAAAAUGGAGAUGAAAGGGGAUGCGUACGCCUUCCAGACGAAACCGGGGGAGUUUAGAAGAGCAGUCGCAUUUAUGUGCGAUCCAAUCUGGGCUUUCGUGAUUGAAUUAGAGGAGUUGAAAGGGCAACGGCGAGUGUUACAGUUUGCUGUCUUGUAUGGAAAGGAUUCAAGGCCAGAAUCUCAAUCUCCAGAGCAAAGGUGGCGCUGUAAAGUCACACCAGCACCCUCAAAUGUCGGCGCAUCCAUCGGAUUUUAUUCUUUCAUGCGCUAUUCUGACAGAACUGCGUCUCUUCAACAGAACUCGAUUCGGCAAUUCCCAUGGGGUGUUGUUGGGGCGGUGGUGAAUUGGGACAAAAAGGAAAAUCAUAGCGUUGUUGAUGUAAUGAUACAUCUAGAGAGGCAGCCUGAACAACCGCCUCAGGACUUAAUCACCACGAUGCGCGCACUGGAUUCCAAAUCGAAAUUGGAGUAA